CUCGCCCACCUCACCCCUCCUCUCAACUCGGUCACCCAUUUCUAUUUCUAAUCCACUCGUGCACACAGCAAUCCGCCGGAGCUGCCAUCGUGCCCUGUGGACGCAUCAUCCCGUUGCGUGCCCGAUUCCGCGUCCUUCAAUCACCCCUAGCUCAUAACUGGCUGGCCAAAGCCUUUUGCAGGCUUGCUAGUUGAAUUCGACGACACUUCCCAGCCAACACCCCCCAGAGAAAUAUCAUCAAGUUCACGACCAUGAUCAACGGUACUUUCUCCGCGCCCAGGACCGCCUUGAUCCGUUUCGUUUCUUGAUCUUCUCAUCGCCCCCAUAUUUUAAUACAAUUUCCGGUCACGAAUUGAUAGCUAUUCCGACCAACUGAUUUCUCGAGACCCCCCGUUCUGUCGUUACCUCGUCUACGAACCUGCUCCAUCAACCAGUCUCGAGUCCCAGGUCUCAGCCACAUCUCCCACAAUGGCGACCGACGUCAAGAAGAUGUCCUUUGCAAAGGUCGCAGCUUCUGGAAGCAAGGACCCCCCCUCCGUCGCUGCUAUUGUGCGAUCUCCAGUCCCUGCUACUGCCAAAGAGCCCCGAGAGCCCAUUCCCGUCGCGCCGAAAACUCUAUCCUCCCCGGCACCCAUCGUAGUAGCCGGUACCCGCACUGUCACCUCGGCUCCUACAACUGCUUCCAGUCAGGGGAAGUCGGCCAAGGGCAAUGUCACGACGGAGAGUAAAGUAGUCGAGGGGUUGAGAGAUCUCAAGUUAGAGACAAAGACUCCAAAUCUAGUUGUCAACGGCACCAGCUCGACAGUAACCGAAAGGUCUAGCAAGACUGGGAAUAGCCAGACUCCCUCGGAUGAAGCUUCUCAGAGAGCGGAUUCUGUUUCGGAAUUGGAUACCAAGCCCCCAAGCCUGGAUGGGAAGAGCAUCACGUCGGGAACGACUUUCGCUUUGGAUGAGAAGGAGUCGCUGCGCCCCGAUGACAGCGCGAGUGUCAAGGCAGCCGCCGAGGAUGAUGAUGCCUUCUCCAUUCGCGGUUCCCUCGUGGCUAGUGGGUCACGGAUGGGCUCCGAGGUUGCUGCCCGUGUCCAUCGCAUUCAGCUAGGCGACAUGCCACCCCGGACCAUCACCACCCACGUCCUCGCUGGUGCCCAUAACCAAGGAGGAGCUGUGCCUCCUCUGAGCGGCGUGCCGGAAAACCCGUCAGUUCCCGAGGGAAAGCUGCCACUCGGCUCGGCUGCCACUACUCCAGAUGGCCUCGACGGCAGUGGUUUCUACCGACAGAAUCCCGACGAUAAGCUGCUGGAAGCAAUGCUGUCGCCCAAAGACCGUCUGUUUCUCCUGAGACUAGAGGCAAAGGUCAUUGAGUUUGUUCAGGAUUCCAAGGAACCUUUCAUGGAUCUGCCCCCUUGCAACUCGUUUUGUAGGAUGUUGACACACAAGCUUGCCGAUUACUAUCAUAUGACGCAUUCUUUCGAGGCCGUAGCUGGCGGCGUGCGCAUCUACAGGACCCCCUUCUGCCGUGUCCCCCCUGCGCUGUCCAGCAUAGUGGUUAACCCGUCCAACAACUCCCCGGCUCCGGCUCUUCUUCCACGAAAGAUAAUGCGACGAGACAGGGAUGGAGAGCUUGGGAAUCUGAGCGGUGGUCCUUCUAAGGCGACAUCCGAGGUUGGGAGCGAUGGCAAGGAGAAGUCUGGUGCCAAUCAAAAGCUUACCAGGGAAGAACGGGAGGAGGCUUAUAAUAAAGCUAGAGAGCGGAUUUUCGGAAACCUCGACAAGACAGAAACCCCCACGCCAGAGAAUGAGGAUAGUAAUGGAGUGUCUCGGGCAAGCUCGGUAUCUGCCAGAGACAGAUCGACACAGACGAAGAGGAAGGCCGCCAAGCAGCGGCGCGACGACUCGGAGAGCUUCGACUCCCGCUCCCAGUAUGUGGCGUGGUGUACACCCCAGCAGCAGACGUGGGUGUCGCCGCAAUAUAUCCCCGUUGGCAAUCCCCAAUUCAACGGGCAAUUUCAACAGCCACGUCCGAAUGCGCUGCAACCCGUCUACGGUACCAACCCGACAUACUCGCAGGUGAUGCCAAACAACGGAUAUGCAUCUCAAUUCAACCCGAUUCCGCCGGUAUAUUCUUCACAGAUGGUACCUCAGCCCGGAACUUCACCCCAGCGGUAUCCAACCCAGAGUGCUCCUAUGGCGCCAUAUCCACCACCUUUACAAGCUCUAGCCCAACAAGGAUGGCAGCAGCAGCCGCCGCAGCAGCAGCAGCCGCAGCCCCAGGCCCAGCCGCCGCAGCAGCCACAGCCGCAGCAGCAGAACUUCAGCCAGAGCCCGUAUCAGUCUCGAGCAACUCCGGCUCCGGCUCCGGCUCCUGCUGCCGCUUCCGGGCCCCCUCCCCCUGGCAUUCCGUAUGCAUAUGGGCAAUUGCCAGUGAAUGCUAACCCCAACGAUCCCAAGAGUCAGCACCCGAUUCCCGGAAGCUACAAUCGGCACUCGUUCAACCCAAAGACUCAGUCAUUUGUCCCCGCCAACGGUAUGGUCCUCAUGCAGCCCCCGCCUCUCCCUUACGUGGGAAGCAGCCCGCAUCAUGGAAGUCCGCAAUUACACGCGCUCCAUAUGAAUUACAACGGCUACCAGCAGCCGAUGCCGCAGCCGCCGUACGGAGGUAACGGGUCCGGGUAUGGCAUGGUUGUGCAAGGGUCAAGCAGCUCAGUUCCUCAGUAUCAUCCCGGGCAGAUGGCGCCACCGCAGCCAAUCCAACAUGGGCCCCCGCAUGGGCCGCGGGGUCUCCCACCCGGCCAGCCGCCGCACAUUCCCAACAAGCCCGCCAUGCCUCAGGGGGCCCCGAGCCAAACCUACAGUACUCUGCCGACAUACGGCAACCCUGCCACAUUACCGCAAAAACCCACCACUACUUAAGGCGUUCGAGCAUCUGCCGGUGUUCAAGGAUGAUUUGCUUGACUUCCAAGGCGUACCGGACAAACAUUGCAUAUGGCGUUUUCUCGGGGAGUAACCGUUUGGGAAGAGGACCGACAGCUGGCUGUUUGCAUGGGGCAAACCGCAACUUGCUGGGAAGGGGAGAGGGUGUGGGAAUGCAGCAAAAAUGGUAAAGGCGGUACCUAGAUAUGGUAGUUCUUCUUUCACAGCAUAGGGUUUAUAGAUGUGAAA